AUGCAAGACCUAUUCAGACUCCUAACGUCUGGAGCGCGAUUAAAGCGUAAACAGCCGAGUAAUGUAUCUACCACAGCACAAGAACAGUUUAUAGACGCCUCGACUCCUGAAAUCGAUUUCUUUUCAUCGUCAAAGAAGACUAGUGCUAGUACGGAUGAUAGUAUACAGCAUGUAGACAAGAGGAGACGAGUCAUUGAUCAAGACAAGGAUGAUGGUGGUGAUGAGGAUGGAGAGGAGGUUGUUGCUGUUGAGAAGAGUGCCAAAGACAUUCGCAAAGACCACCGGAUCAGAGUAUUCGGUAACGAUAUCCCAACUCCAAUUACAAAAUUUGAGGAUUUGACUGCCAGAUACAAGCUCCGCAAAUUCAUACAACGCAACCUGACACAAUCAGAAUACACGACCCCAACGCCAAUCCAAAUGCAAGCAAUCCCACUCAUGCUGGAAGGACGUCAAGUCAUGGCGUGUGCGCCAACGGGAAGUGGAAAGACGCUUGCGUUUGUGCUGCCGAUUUUGCAGACGCUGAAGGGUCCUGCUGCUGAUAAGGGAGUAAGAGCUGUUAUCGUUAGUCCGACGAGGGAGUUGGCUAAGCAGAUACAUCGACAAGUAGAACGAAUGAGUCAAGGCAAGCCAUUCAAGAUAUGUGUCUUGGCGCAGAAUUUGAAUAUGGGGAAGGUUCAUUUGCAGGCUUGUGAUAUUCUCAUCAGUACACCGCUUCGACUUGUGAAUGCCAUUAAGGAGCAGCAAGUUAGUCUUCAUUUGGUCCGACACUUAAUCCUCGACGAAGCAGACAAGCUCCUCGACAUGGGCUUCAUAGACCAAGUAGACGAAAUCCUAGCCGCAUGUACAGCACCCAACCUAUGCAAAUCCCUCUUCAGUGCCACCAUCCCGUCAGGCGUUGAGACCUUGGCUAAUACGUUUAUGGUUGAUCCUGUGAGGAUUGUCAUUGGGUCUUCGAAUGCAGCCACAGACACAAUCAAGCAAUCGCUACUAUAUGUUGGAUCAGAAGAAGGCAAAAUGAUUGCGAUUAGGCAAUUGAUUCAACAAGGUAUCAAACCGCCUGUAUUGAUAUUCGUGCAGUCUAUUGAUCGAGCGAGGGAGUUGUUUCAUGAGUUGGUGUAUGAUGGGAUUCAUGUUGAUCUUAUACACGCUGAGAGGACGAAAGCUCAGCGAGAUACAAUAGUCGAAAACUUUAGACAAGGCCGCAUAUGGGUCCUCAUCACCACCGAACUAAUGGCUCGAGGAAUAGAUUUCAUGGGUGUCAACUUGGUCAUCAACUAUGACUUUCCCCAGACUGUACAAUCGUAUAUACAUCGUAUUGGACGUACUGGUCGUGCUGGGAGACCGGGAACAGCGGUGACGUAUUUCACGAAAGACGAUGUGGUGUAUUUGAAGAGUAUUGUUAAUGUUGUGCGUGAAUCUGGAUGUGAUGUUCCGGAAUGGAUGUUGCAAUUGAAGAGGCCGAGUAAGGCGCAAAGGAAACAUGUCAAGAAGUUUCCUAUCAGGAGGAAGGAGAUCAAGACGUGA